GAGGCACAGGCAGCAAGGCACCAAUAGCAUUCCAGAGUUUUCUUGGGGCAUAGCAGUUCGACUGGGGGAAGCUUGUCAUUAGGGACCGUUGCUGUCAGUGAAAGAUCGAGUGUAGCUGUCAGACAACCUAUGGCUGCGACACACAUGCCCUUAGCUCCACCUUUCAGAAGGCUGACCGUGCUAAUGCAGCGGCUUUCACUCGCAGCGCAGAUUCGCCAUCGUAAUUAGCUGUAUCCCGAGUAACUUAUUUUGGAUACCGAUACCCUACGCGUCUUUCUGGAGGUGACUCCAUGGCAGUGCACGACCAUAACCGUUUUACUCUAGGGCUGCAAGGAGGAAGUCAAGAAGCCGCCUUAGCUUCUCGUACAUUAUCAACGUGCACCAGAAUAUCGCGUAGCGGGAGUAGACGGCCGUCAUCGGCAGCACGCCAAGACUUGACGGUUAGCAGCGAGCUUAGACCAUCCGUCAGGGACUGUCAACUACAGAAACUGUUCUCCAUCCGCUCGCAAAUUCUUUUCCUCGCGGCGUUGGCACUCUGUGCGUCUCGACCCGUUAUCGCCGACGACCCAGCUGCCGACCGCUUGUCUCUCGCCGGGUUGGGUCGCAGUCUGGAUCCCAGCGGCGCGCUCGUGUGGGCGUCGCCGCUGCUGUGCUCAGGAUGGACCAACUUCACGUGCAAAGAGAACACCACUAUAACGGAGAUCAACCUGGUGAACAUGCCGCUCUCUGGCUCCCUACCAGCCAACAUCUCCAGAUUCAAAAGCCUCGAACGCCUGGUGAUCCGCUACAGCAACAUCUCAGGCGUGCUGCCUGAUGCCAUCACGACCCUAGAAGACCUCGAGUACCUGGACCUGAGCUACAAUCAAAUCUGGCAGCCUUUGCCACCAGCGCUCUUCACAAUGCCAAAGCUGCACACCCUGCUACUGGGCAACAACUGGCUCGUCAACCAGACAGUGCCCAACCUGGCCAAUACGCCCUCCUCCCUGCGGCUUGUUUCUCUUCGCAACAACGCUGCUACAGUCGACAGCGCAUCCAGCGUGGGGAAGCGCACUCUUGACCUGUACGGCAACCCGCAGAUCUGUAACAUCGACACGGGCCUGCCCCUCCUCAACCUCUCCACCUCCAGUGGCCAGUUCAACAACUCUUGCGCCUGGACCCCUGCACCCUUCUGCGUCUCCCACGACUGCAGCCCCACUCACUUCAAGGACCUCCCAGCCUUCCUCAACGCCUACCCACCCUCCUACUGCAAGCCCAAUUCGGGCCCCAUGAAAGGGCCGCUCUUCCCCCCGUCGCCCACCGCACCUGCACCUUCCAAUGCAUCGAGCCCAGCCACUGCACAAGCCCUGACCAAGGAAUCCUCUGCUAGUGUCUCCGCUGUUGUUGCCUCUGGUGCUCCUUCUGGCUCCCUCCCUUCUGGUUUUCCUCCUGGUGCUGCUGGCCCGCCUGGCAGCAGUGGUGGGGAGAUAGCUGCUGGUGCUCCCGAUGGCUCGCCUUUUCCUGGGAGGGUCCGGCCGGGUGCUGCUGGAGGUGCUGGCGGGGAUUCCGCGGGCGCAGUUGUGGUGCCGACGGGGCCGGGGGCGUGCGUGUGCGUGGGGCAGCAGCAGUACUACGAGUUUGACCUGGUGUGCAGCAACAGCAACAUCAAAAGCUGGAACGACGACUACUCGCAAGUAGUGGCUGAGAAGCUGUCAGCGGGGUUCACCCAGAAGCUUAAAAAGUGCAUUGCUCCAGAGCAGGUGUGGGUGCGGUACGCCUAUGUGAGCGACUGGCGCCUGGACAGCACGAGCACGCCUGUGUUUGACAUGUACCUCUACGUGGUGCUCUUUGGGAACUUCACCAGCGAUGAGGAGGUGCUGGUGCAGACUGUCAUCGUGCAGAACAAGGGCAUUCUGGGUGACCCCAAGUUUGGCCAGCUCAAUCGGUUGGACCACAAGGAUCAGGUGCCGCCUCCAACACCUCUGCCACCCUUCCCCGAGAGGAACGACACUUUUCCCAAUGGCACCGCCCCAGCUGCGCCUGCCCCAGAUCCGCCCUCCUCCUCUUCUUCCUACACUACUGUCAUCAUUGCCGUGGUGGUGGUGGUCCUGGCUGUGCUCUUCGGUGUGGGCGUCGCCUAUUUCUACUUCUUCGUCCGCGCUCGGCACACCAAGUUGUCGUCCAUUUCUGGCAGCGGUUUCCUUGGGAAUACCGCGCUCUCCUCCUCCUUCGGGUGGAACCUCCAGCAGCGUUUCGUGCAGGUGUACUCGCUCAAGGAGGUGGCGGCUGCCACACACAACUGGGACGAGGAGCGGGUGCUGGGGCAGGGCGGGUACGGCCGGGUGUAUCUGGGGGAGGGCGCACAUGGCGUGCAGUGGGCCGUGAAAAGACUCGAGGCGAGGUCCACUGCCAAGGCGCUUCAAGACUUCAGGAAUGAGGUUGAAUUGAUAUCGCAGACCAACCACCGCAACCUGGUGAAGCUGCUGGGUUUCUGCGACGACCAGGGCGAGCAGAUUCUUGUCUAUGAGUUCGUGCCGAAUGGGAACCUGCGCCAACACCUACGCCCCUCCAAAGCCGCCUUGGAGCACCCCGACGCGCACAAGCUAGGGCUCACCUUCCUGCAGCGCGUGGAUAUUGCGGUGGGGGCGGCGGAGGGGCUGCGGUACCUGCACAACUUCACCACGCCGUCUGUGGUGCAUCGAGAUGUGAAGAGCGAAAACAUCCUGCUGGAUGAAGACAUGCUGCCCAAGGUGGCGGAUUUCGGGUUCUUUAAGAACAUGGUGGACGGCACAAGUGGUGGCAAGGGGGCGUCAGAGGCAGUGAGCACGCGCGUGCUGGGCACGCCGGGAUACGUGGACCCGGAGUACUACUACACGUGCAAGGUCACCACCAAGUGCGACGUGUACAGUUUCGGUGUGGUGCUGUGGGAGCUGAUCACCGGCAAAUCGCCCAUUCUAGAAGUGGAGGACCCCGAGUCAGGGCCAGGGGAUGGGCCUUGCUUCAUGCAGCUGCCGAUAUGGGCGUGCAUGUAUCUAAAGAAGGGGAAUCUAGCUGAAAUCAUAGACCCGGCGUUCAAAGGAGACUACGACAUGCAGGCGAUACAGGAGAUGGCUGAGAUCGCAGACAAGUGCACGCGAGACAAGGCGCGGCACCGCCCCGAGAUGACCGACGCGCUCACACGCCUUGUGGAGAUCCAGCGGCGGCUCAAGCGGGAGAGCGACCCCAGCUAUGUGUCCGAGCCGACCACGCCCGUGGCUGGGAUGGGGGGAGGUGGGAUCGGGGAUGCGACGCUGGAUGUGGCGACCAUUGGGGACGACUCGCUCGUGCUGCACUCGACGACGCACCAGCCGCCCAUGUCCACCAACUUUGGGGGGCGGUGAGGAGGAUGGGGUAGACUAGAGGGGUCUUAGGGAGAAGGGGUUGGAGGAGCUGCUGUUCCCUGUGGGAGUGGAGGGUGGCAACAGGGAUGCGAGCUUGGAUGUGCGCACAAGACUGAGGCGGGAGAGCAGCCCCAGCUGUGUGUCGGAGCCGACCACGCCUGUGGCUAAGAUGGGCUGGAAUGUGGUGAAUAUUGGGGAUGACUCGCUCGUGCUGCACUCUACCGCGCACCAGCCUCCCAUGUCGACCAACUUUGGGGGAGGGUGAAGGGCUAGGCUAGAGGGGUCUUAGGGGUAAGGGGUCGGAUGAGCGGACCCCGCGUGUGUUGGUUGGGAGGCGGGGAGGCAGGGAGGCGGGAAUGCGACGCUGGGUCUGGUGAACAGGGGGACGACUCGCUGGUGCUGCACUCCACCAGGCCUGUCGUUAUCAGGGUAUUUUACCCUGAUUCCCUGAUUUCACAGGGUAUUUUUUUUGCCAACCCUUAAUUUUCAGGGUUGGGUUUUUUUGAACCCUAACCUCUUCAGGGUUGUAUGUCUGUGAACACUUAAAAUUUCAGGGUUUGUGUUCAGGCCCCCAAAUUGCAGACUUUUUACUCUGAUUCAGACUUUUUUCAGAGUUUUUUUGGGGGUGUACUCUGAUUGGGAAGACUUUUUUUUGUACCUUACUCUGAUUUUUCAGAGAAGAUUUAUGUACCUACGCUGAUUUUUCAGACUUUUUUUACUAGUGUACUCUGAUGCCUCAACUCUG